AUGGCUCCAGCACAAAUUUUUCCAAUCAAUGUUGGCCACAUUGAUGAUGUUCAAGAACUAAAUAAGACCAAAAUAUCAAGCAUUCCACAACGAUUUAUUAGGGACAGGAAAGAAAGGCCAAAAGUUUCAAGAAUCAACCCCUUUUGCCAAAAGACUAUUCCUGUUAUUGAUUUAUCAAGGCUGCAGAAAGGGAAUCGAGAUGAUCAUGGUUUCCAAUCUGAACUGCAGCAACUCACAGAUUCCUGUGAACACUGGGGAUUUUUCCAGGUGAUCAACCAUGGUGUUGAUUUGGGCUUACUUGAAAGCAUAGAGAAAGUGGCCAUGGAUUUCUUCAUGAUGCCUUUAGAGGAGAAACAGAAGUAUCCCAUGAAUCCUGGAACUGUUCAAGGUUAUGGGCAAGCAUUUGUUUUCUCAGAGGAUCAAAAGCUAGAUUGGUGCAACAUGUUUGCUCUUGGAGUGGAGCCUCAUUCUAUAAGAAACCCGAAACUUUGGCCUUCGAAGCCUGCCAAUUUCAGUGAAACUUUGGAGGAAUACUCCAAGGAAAUAAGGAAACUAUGCAAGAAUCUGCUGAAAUACAUAGCAGUUAGUCUGAAUUUGGAUGAAAAUGUGUUUGAAGAAAUGUUUGGAGUGGCAGUUCAAGCAGCAAGGAUGAACUAUUAUCCAGCAUGUCCAAGACCAGAUCUUGUUCUUGGUCUUAGUCCUCAUUCAGAUGGAAGUGCUCUUACAGUUUUGCAACAAGGGAAAGGCAGCUCAGUUGGUCUUCAUAUUUUUAAAGACAACAAUUGGAUUCCUGUUCAGCCAAUUCCCAAUGCCUUGGUCAUCAACAUUGGUGACACCAUUGAGGUUUUAACAAAUGGUAAAUACAAGAGUGUGGAGCACAGAGCAGUGACACACAAAGAGAAAGACAGGCUUUCAAUUGUGACAUUUUAUGCACCAAGUUAUGAUGUAGAGAUUGGACCAAUGGCAGAAAUGGUGGAUGAGAACAACCCUCCAAAGUACAGAAGGUACAAUCAUGGAGAGUACAGCAAGAAUUAUGUGACAAACAAGCUUCAAGGGAAGAAAUCAUUGGAAUUUGCUAAGAUUCCAAACAUGCAGAACAACUAA